AUGACGACUCUUAAGCCUCAGCUCGACUACGUUCUGGCGAGGAAAAUUCCUCAGUCAGAUUUCCGAAAAUCCAGAGUUGUUUGGGACGUUGCGUUCGACUUUGACCAAAGUCCAGUUCUUCUCAGCUUCAAGAUACGGUUCCACAAGAGAAACCAAGAAGUUCCUCUUCAACCGAAAAUCGACAUGGCAGGUCUGAAAGACGAUGAAUGCAGAACAAAAUUCCGCCAAUGUGUCUAUUCAUGUUGGAGUACGGACCAGGAAGAAACUUAG